AUGGCCGGUGCGGUGGAUGCGCAGAACAAGGACAGCGGGACUGAAGCAGCGUACACGUCUCCCUGGACGGGCAUCAACUCGCCCUCGUCGUCCGAUUUCGAGGCCAUUAGCGAGAGCGAGGUUCCCGACCCUCCUUCUCACGCGAGGGGCGGGAUCGCACAACGCGGCGCAUACGUCCCUUCCAACCUCGCCAGGUCUCUCCCACAACACCGCAGGGUGCGCGAAGACUCGUACGACAGCAGCACAGACCGGACGGGACUUGCUGGGACCGCAGACCACGCGGGCGGACUUGGCGGCUUUCUUGACGAGGAGCAGCACCGGCGCGGGAUUGAGGGCGACGACGAGGACAGCAGUGCGUUUGAGGAUGUUGAAGAGGGACGAGGGCGGGCGAGGACGAGGCGGGUGCGCGAUCCCGAGCUGAAGAAGUCGAUGCUCGAGGAGGCGUUGCGCUCGAGUCUUGCGACGUUGCUUUCGCUGGCGCCCGUGCAGGCGGGUCUUUCGCAGACGCCGUCGAUGUCGUACGCCUCGCUCGCCUCGCUCUUCCAGCCGACUGCAUCGUCCGCCUCCGCUUCUUCCUCUUCGACAGCCAGCUUCGCACCUCGAAGCGGCAGUCACCGCCCCGCACCCUUCGCAUCAGCCCUCUCCGACCCACUCGAGGAAGACGACGAGGAAUCUCCCGCUCGUCAAGUCCACGAAGAUGUCUUCCUCUCUUCCUCCUCCUCCGCUUCCUCAUCUGACGACGCAACCCGUCUCGCGCCGACGAGUUCAACCCGCACUCGCGCGAUCCCCAUCUCCCGCGCGCGCGACCACUCCCGCUCAUAUUCCGACUCCCUUCCCCCUUCUUCAUCCGACUACUCCCCUUUGCAGCCCUCCCAGCCUCUGGGCGUCCCCACCUCCGACUCUCCACCCGUCUGGAGUCGGCGCCGCGCCGCAGCAGUAGGAGGAGGCCUGCGCCGCCGCGGCCGCGGAAGAGGAGGGAGUACGAGUCCCGGACCUGCGAGUGUCGAGGAGCGUAGGAGGGCGAGGGCGGCUGCGGCUGCGAUGGCGGGAGCAGCGGGGGUGAGCGCGUCGUUGGCGCAUUUGAGGGAGGGGGAGUCGGCGGAGAGUGAGGGCGGGGCGCUGACGGAGGGUGAGGGGGAGAUGGUUGAGCGAGACGAAGCGUUCCAUGACUUGCUCGAGGCGGCGCGCUUCUUCUCCGACCUCUCGCCGCGCGCGUCUCGCGGUACUUCCUACUUCUCCCAGCCCAGCUCGUACGACUCGACGAAGACGACCCUCCCCGCGCGGCCGCCUGCCACGUCGGCGACCUGGUCGUCGAACCCGCUCUUCCAGUCCCUCUCGACCACCACCACCCCGCCCCUCUCGUCCGAGGAAGACGACCCCGCACUCGCGAGCGAAUCUGUCCCGACGCUCGAAGGGCUUUCGAGUGAGGGGGACGAACACUCGCCUGCUCCUGCUUCCACAGGCGAGCAAGACGAGAAAGGACGCCCGGUCAAGCGCGAGGGACCUUCGCACGAGCGCAAGGAAGAGUCGCAGCGCGCGCGGGGGUUCUUCCCCUGGUUGAGGAAGCUCGGGAGUACGAUCGAGGUCAAGGUUUGGCAUCUCGUUGGGAUUUGUGGCGUGUUGCUCGGUGCUGGAUGGGCUGCAGGCACCCUCAUACACACUCUCGCACCGGCAUCCUGGCUCGCCUCGCACCUCACCUUCAUCCACACGAACGGCCCGCUCCUGACCGCCGCCUCGUCGCCCGCCAUGUCCGCCUCCGCCUCGCUCAACGGCCACGUCUCGCCGUCGCAGGAGAAGAUGUCCGCCUUGUUCUUGUAA